UACUAGAAAAAAAGGAUGAGAUGGAAUAUUGGUUCGAUCGAUAAAACAAGAGUGGGAGAGAUAUAUGCGCCUCUAUUUUUCCGCAGUCACAUGUGUUCUGAGCGUUGCACUGACAUGAUCUGUCUCGAAGCGGAAUAUUUUAAUCUCAACAGAAUUCUUUUGCAGUCUAUUGCAUUAUGGCCGUUUCAACAAUCGAAACUUGUCCGAAUUCAAUUUAUUGUAAGCAUGACUAUUCUCGUGGGUGCUUUUAUCUAUCAAAUUACUACACUUUUGAUGUCAAAAUUUACACCCAAAUUUGCUAUUAAAGCUUUCUCCUGUGCACUCUUCUUUACUUUUGUAGUGAUACAUUACAGUUCAUUCAGAUUAAACAUCGAUACCCUAAAAGAUAUGAUGAAGCGACUUCACUGUGCAUGUACUAACCUAAGAGAUAAAAAUGAAAUCGCCAUAAUACAAAAGUAUGGCAGGAACGCAAAAUAUUCUACAGCUGUACUCAUCAUAUUCUUCGUUAUUGCGAAAUCUGCUUUUUGGGCCAUUCAAAUAGCAAUUCCUUAUCUCGAUGGCGUUACGCCUAUAAACGGAUGCCGACCACAUCAACUAUACAUAGUUGCCGAAUACUUUAUUGAUCAACAAAAAUAUUACUAUGUAAUUUUGCUUCACAUGAAUGCAGCUCUAUUUAUCGGAAUAUUAACAUUAAUAGCAAUGGGAACACUACUGAUUGCAUAUCUCCAGCAUACAUGCGGAAUGUUCAGAAUUGCUUGUUAUCGUAUCGAACGCGCGUUGCAGAUUAAUAUAGAAAAAGAUAUUAGUGGAAACAGCGAGUCUUCGAUAUACACGAAAUUAGUUGAUGCCAUACACAUUCAUCGAGAAGCUAUGAAAUUGUCCGAACAUUUGAUACGUAGGUUUGACACAAUGUACUUUUGUUUAACAGUACUGGUAGUGAUUACUAUAAGUCUCAAUCUUUUUCAAAUUUUAUUAUCUUCCGAUAAUAUAAUGGAAACUAUAGUUCCUAUUAUAAGUGUAGUCGUUCUUAUUCUAUACGUGUUUUUUGCCAAUUUCAUUGGACAGAAUGUUACUGACCACAAUAAUGAAGUUUAUACUGCCGCAUACAACAUUCGAUGGUACAUGUGUCCUAUCCAUGUACAAAGAUUGAUACUGCUACUUUUGCAAAGAAAGGCUAGAGAAUUUCAUUUAACUUGCGGAGGAAUGUUCGUAGCAUCUUUCGACUGUCUCGCAACGUCUAUUGCAUUAUGGCCGUUUCAACAAUCGAAACUUGUCCGAAUUCAAUUUAUUGUAAGCAUGACUAUUCUCGUGGGUGCUAUUAUCUAUCAAAUUACUACAAUUUUGACGUCAAAAUUUACACCAAAAUUUGUUAUUAAAGCUUUCUCCUGUAUACUCUUCUUUACUCUUGUAGUGAUACAUUACGGUUCAUUUCGAUUAAACAUCCAAACCCUAAAAGAUAUGAUGAAGCAACUUCACUGUGCAUGCAUCAACCUAAGAGAUAAAAAUGAAAUCGCCAUAAUACAAAAGUAUGGCAGGAAUGCAAAAUACUAUACGGCUGCACUCAUCGUAUUCUUCGUUAUUGCGAAAUCUGCUUUUUGGGCAAGUCAAAUCAUAAUACCUUAUCUCGAUGGCAUUACGCCUAUAAACGGAUGCCGACCACAUCAACUAUACAUAGUUGCCGAAUACUUUAUUGAUCAACAAAAAUAUUACUAUGUAAUUUUGCUUCACAUGAAUGCAGCUCUAUUUAUCGGAAUAUUAACAUUAAUAGCAAUGGGAACCCUACUGAUUGCAUAUCUCCAGCAUACAUGUGGAAUGUUCAAAAUUGCUUGUUAUCGUAUCGAACAUGCGAUGGAGAUUAAUAUAGAAAAAGAUAUUAGUGGAAACAGCGAGUCUUCGAUAUCCAAGAAAAUAGUUUAUGCCGUACAUAUUCAUCGAGAAGCUAUGGACACUACAUUCUGUGUUUACAGAUUGUCCGAGCAUUUGAUAUCUAGGUUUGACACAAUGUACUUUUGUUUAACAGUGCUGGUGGUGAUUACUAUGAGUCUCAAUCUUUUUCAAAUUUUAUUAUCUUCCGAUAGUAUAAUGGAAGCUACAGUUCCUUCUUUAAACCUACUCAUUUUAAGUCUAUACGUGUUUUUUGCCAAUUUCUUUGGACAGAAUGUUAUUGACCACAAUAAUGAAGUUUAUGCUGCCGCAUACAACAUUCGAUGGUACAUGUGUCCUAUCCAUGUACAAAGAUUGAUACUACUGCUUUUGCAAAGGAAGGCUAGAGAAUUUCAUUUAACUUGCGGAGGACUGUUCAUAGCGUCUUUCGACUGUCUCGCAACGAUGGCAAAAGCAACGCUGUCUUAUUUUACUCUCAUGCAUUCCGCACGACAAUAAAAUAGGAAUAUAUUACAGAAGACAGAAGUAGUGUAUAUAUAAUGUACAUAAUAUAUAAAAAAUAUAUUAAUAUGUUCCAUAUUUGGGAUACAAAAGAUUAUAGCUCUGAACAUAAAUAAAAUUCCUAACGUUUUUCCUACUAAGAAGAAAUACAAUAUGUAUAUAAUACAAUACAAUUAUCCAUACGAAAGUA